AUGGUUCAUAUUUUUUAUGAAAAUGUCGACAAGGACGACGCUGAAUGUGAAACGUUGGAAAAUGAUCAAUCUAAUAAAAAUCAACUCUCCAUCCAACUUUCAAACAAAAGCACCUGCCCAACAUCAAAUCGUAAGAACAAUCGGACCGAUGGAACUACAGUUAACGAAACAUUGAAGUCUGAUGAAGAUGAGUCUGGUGACACGACCAAGGAACUUCUGCUUGUGAGAGCUUUUGAUGAUUUGUUGAAAAAACAUCAACAACAAUUGGAACAGCAAAAACUAAAUUAUCAACAUCUGUUGGAACAAAUUCAGCUGCAGAAAGAACAGAUGCUGAAGCAACAGAUAUCAGGACAUGUUCACCAACCGAAUCAGUCCCAUGUAGAUCUCGAAGAAAAAACAAAUAAAGUGCACUCGCCACAAAACCAGACAUCAUCUCAUCAAGAAAUCCAACUGCAACAACAGCAAAUGCUACUUUACUUUCUGCAACAACAACAACUGCAACAGCAACAAUCACAACAGCAACAGUCACAACAACAAGAUUUGCAUCAACAACUAAGACAGUUACUUCAGCACAUACAACAAACGCCCCAACAGCAGACAAAUACAAAUUUUUAUCAUUCAGAGUUUGUGCAAAAGUCCGAUCAACAUCAAUCACAGCAACAAAAUAAAAAUUUCCAACAAACACCUUAUCAACAAGAACAUCUCCAGGGACAACAGUCAUUUUUACAUCUGUUGCAACACCCACGGCAGCAAAGAAUCUUCCAACAACAACAGCAGGACUAUUUACAUCACUUGCUACAACAACAAAACAAACAACAAAUGUUGCUACCUCAACAUCUACAAGUACUAACACAACAACAUCAACAACAACAGCAACAAACACCAACACUAUCGCAACAAGUUUCUCACAUUUUUCCAACUCAGCAACAAAUGGCGCAACUACAACAACAACAACUUCAACAAAAUGUUAGCCAACAGCAACAAUCAUUGCAUCAAUUGCUGAUGUCACAACAGAUAACAAAACAACAAAACACAUCACACCGACAACCAAUCAUUCAACAACAAUACUCGUUGGAACAAAAUCUUCAGAUACCAAAACAGGAAAUAGAGUUUUUGGAAAUACCUCAACAACAACAACAACAACAAAUACCUCAACAACAACAACAAAUACCUCAACAACAACUACCCCAACAACAAAUACGACAUCAACAAUUGCCAAAACCAUCUGCCAUCUUACCGCCGUUGUUACCAAUUUGA